CAGCUGAAAUUUCAUUGUUGGGAGGUGCUGCCAAAAUUACAAGUAUAAUAGCCAUGUUUCGUCUGCCAGUCACAAUAAAGUCAGCAGUCCAGAGGUGUCUGUGCCAUCCUUUGAUUGGACGCAGCAGUGGUCAUGUGACAGCACGACUUCUCAGCACAUCAGGGGUGCAUCUCCGCGCCGAGGAAAAAGAUCCCCUCACUCAAGAAUAUGAUGCUGUCAUUAUAGGGGCCGGCCACAAUGGACUGACCGCGGCAGCUUACCUUCAGAAAGCAGGGCUCAAGACCCUCGUCUUGGAGAGAAGACAUGUCAUCGGAGGUGCUGCAGUUACCGAAGAGAUAGUGCCAGGGUUCAAGUUUUCGAGAUGUUCAUAUGUGCUGAGUUUGCUGCGUCCAGAUAUUCACAAAGAUCUAGAACUCCAAAAACAUGGUCUGAAAGUCUACUUUAGACCAGGCAGUGCAUAUGCUCCACUUCGUGAAGAAACGGGACAAAGUGGCCGUCCGCGGUCGCUGCUUCUCAGCAAUGAUGCGGAGGAUACGUACAACCAGAUUGCACAGUUCUCAGAGAAAGAUGCUAAGAAUUAUUUCAUUUACACCAAAUUGAUCGAGGAAAUUGGUGAGGCAAUUGGGCCUCUGCUAGAUAGCAGCCCAGUGGAUCUAUCCGUUCUUGGCAAGGGAUCGAUCAAAGAAAGACUCGACAGUUGGCCGGCAGUCAAAACACUCUUAAAGACUGGCUCCCAGCUGGGCAAGAACCUUCCAACGUUCUAUGAGCUGAUGACAGCACCCAUGGCUAAGAUUUUAGAUCGCUGGUUUGAGUCUGAACCCUUGAAGGCCAUACUAGCAACUGACUGCACCACUGGUGCCAUGGUGUCGUCCCAAACACCGGGUAGUGGGUACGUGCUACUUCACCAUGUGAUGGGGGAGAUUGAGGGCGUCAAGCAUGCAUGGGCGUUUGCUGAGGGGGGCAUGGGAGCAGUCUCAAGGAGCAUUGCCAAUGCUGCCGAGGCCCAUGGAGCUACCAUCUUGACCGAAAAGCCUGUGAGUACAGUGCUCUUGGAUUCAGACCAGAGGGCCUGUGGAGUUGUCUUAGAGGACGGGACUGAAGUACGCAGUAAGAUGGUGCUGUCCAACGCUACGGCCAGAAUCACCUACCUCAACUUGACCCCUCGGGAGGCUCUACCCAAGGAAUUCAUUGAGGAGGUCCAGGCCAUCGAUUACACUUCCCCUGUCACCAAAAUAAAUGUGGCUGUAGACCGACUGCCAAAUUUUGCAGCGAAUCCAAACCUGUCGUCACAAGAACCCAGUGCCCACCACACGGCCACCAUCCAUUUGAACUGUGAGAGUAUGGACCUCAUCAACGACUCGUACGAGCCCUGCACCCGGGGUGAAAUCUACCAUCGGCCCAUGAUUGAAAUGACCAUACCGUCAUCCAUGGAUCGUACCAUUGCCCCCGAGGGGUGCCAUGUUGUUACGCUUUUUACCCAGUACACCCCGUACCACCUGGCAAAUGGAGAACAGUGGGACGAAAAGAAGAAAAAUGAAUAUGCAGAUUUGGUUUUUGACAACGUUGAAGACUACUGCCCGGGCUUCAAGUCUAGCGUAGUUGGCAGAGACAUUCUUCCACCGCCUGACCUGGAGAGGAUAUUUGGACUGACAGGAGGGAACAUCUUCCAUGGAGCAAUGUCAUUGGAUCAGCUCUACUUUGCCCGGCCGGUUCCCUCAUGUGCGAGCUACCGGUCUCCGAUACAGGGCCUGUAUCUGUGCGGCAGUGGAGCCCACCCAGGAGGGGGUGUGACCGGGGCACCGGGACGCAAUGCUGCCCAAGUUGCCAGCAAAGAUCUCAAAAAACGCGCUGUGAGGAAUUAAUGUGCCUUCAACCUCUUUUGUAAAACAUCAACUUGCUGCCUAAGUUUGAUGCCAUUAUACGGUGAUCUAUUUUUAUAAUCUCUAUUAUUAAGGAUGUAACCAAUUUACAUAUUUAAACAAGAACAAAAUUAAAACUUUUUACAAAUUUUCCAAAAUGUUUAAAGAGAACUUUUAUAAAAUGGAGCCUUGUGUUGAUGAAAUUUUAAUACCUAAAUGUGAAAUAAAAAGGAGGGAAAACUACUGAUCUAACAAAAGUUAUUUAAAUCCCGGAACAGCUGUAAAAAUUGGCAAAGACACGUCCAAUUUCAUUUUUUAUCAUUACUACUCCUGCACUGAAUGAAUGCUUUCAAUUUUAUACACAGAAAAAAAUUAAAGCAAAAUACAUAAGGGGCCUAAGUUCGCCAUCUUAGUUCUUGACAUUCUUCAACUACUCCCAAAUAAGUGGGGAUUAAAACUUGUGUUUGUGGACACCGUUUGGGUGUUGGUUCUCGUCAUUCGGAACCUCGUUCUCGUGUUUAUGUGACGAGAACGGGGUUUCGAAUACGCCCGCAGUAUCUGCAUGGUAUGCAGUGCCUACUCAGUAUUUAUGAUGUGUCAUUUGUGAUGCUAAAUAAUUGCGAGAGGUAUUGUCUUUGCUGAAAUAAGGAAACAAUUAAGUAUUCAAAAGGAAAAUUCUCUGAAACCAUCAGGUAUUUAUUGAGCACUUUAUAGUGACUUUUAUUUGUAUUUUUAUUACUGAAGUUUUUCUGAUGAAAUUGUUUUCAUCCAGUUGGUUGAAAGUUCUCAACUGAAAUACAGUAAAAUAGAGGACAGGAAAUGAUAUUUUACAUGUGCUUGGAAAAAAAGUAUUCUUAGGUCAGUUUUAUUUAAUAAUUUGUAGAGUAGAGCUCUAUGGUUUGAAAUAUAUUGUUUUGUAAUAAUGUUAAAAAGGAGUUUUCAAUAUAAUCUAAGAUGACUGGUAAUUCAAUUAUGUCCAUUGAUCACUUAUCUAAUUUAAAAGCAAAGAUAUGAAUUUGCUGUUGUCCAUUUAAUAAAUAAAAAUAUUUGUUGGAAAUGUU